CUAGAAAGACACCUACUGUAUACUUGAGAUUAUUUUAUGUUCCCAUACACUUUAAAUGCCUUUUUACCAGUAGAAGACAGAGCAUCAAAACAACUCAGUAGAACUAAGAGGUUCAGGACAGUUCAACAAAUGGAGAGCAUCUAUGAUGAUGAUCUUUUUCACCUCGGGACAAUAACAGAUGAAAUGUCUGUAACAAAAUGAGACGUGAAACGGCAUCCAUCAAUUGAUGACUGUCAGUUGGUGGACGUGUUGCCAUUAUGGAUCAUAUCUAUGGGAAUGUCGAUGUCCCUGUAAUUGGGAAUGCCUCAGGGAAAGAAACAUCUGGUUAUUAUAAUAAUAUGCCUGUGUCUGGUCCCAGGUUGUCUAAGACCACAGAUUGUCGACUCCCAGCAGCUCAACCCCAUGGCAGUGGCGCUGAAGAGAAAGUGUCCACGUCUAGAGUGGUGCAGCUGCUUCCUCUGGCUCUUGGCCUCGGCCUGCUCUUCACCCUGCCUGCACUUAUUGCAGUGGCACACCUCUAUGGCAAUGGACAGGCAAAGCUUAAUCUCAUAGAAAGCCUUCACAGGAAUUUGUCAGCAACCUUGAAUACCACUGAUUUAAUUGCUGGUGUAGAGGAACUGCUUGUCAUGCAUGAACAUUUUGUUACUCGUCAAAACUCUUUUAAUGCUUCCUCUGGUUGUAGGCUUUGUCCAGAUGCAUGGGUUCACCACAGUGGAAAAUGCUACUUCUUCUCUUCAUCUGGAAAAAGCUGGAAACAGAGUCAAGAUCACUGCGUUACAUUAGGUGGCCACCUAGUUAUUGUGAACAAUCAAGAGGAACAGAAUUUUCUGUGUCAAAGUGCCAUUACGGAUUACUACUGGAUAGGAAUGACUGACCUGGAGUCAGAGGGGCAGUGGAUUUGGGUGGACGGCACACCUCUCAAUAAGACUGGAGCAGUAUUCUGGUACAAAAGACCGAAUGGGCAGGACGAACCAGACAACUGGAAGGGGAAUGAUCCAUCAGGAGAGCACUGUGCUCUUUUUUUCAAAGGGGGAGACUGGCGUGACAACUCCUGCAAGUCUCGGUGGAGAUUUGUGUGUGAGACGAUAGCCACUGACUGAGUCGGACUGUAUUGAAUAUUAGCUAUUCAGCAGCUGAAUGUAAAUGAUUAUGAAGGAGGUUGUGUCUCACUUCAGGCUUUUACUUCAAAUAAUGAGCUGCACAUCCACAAGUGAAUACUAUAAUACACUGUCUGAGUACACCUGCCAUACAGUAUCCGCACAAGCACAUUUGAACCAUAUACAUGUAUGAAACAAAAAUACUUUUUCAUAAUUUCAUAUUUCAUAAUUUUGCUUAAUUUGCACAGGUGUUGCUAUGAUGGUCAUAAACUGUAUGUACCUGCCCUUGUUUUGUGUCAUUGAAGUGCAUGUGUCCUUGAAAUAAUUAAAAUGUAGGCUAUUGAAAAGCAUAUAUCAAACUAGAAGUGUCAUCUUACAGAAAUAUCAAUUAAGGAAAAGUAUAAUUAACUGUACAUUUUGUAAAAUCUCUGUGAGCUAUAUAAAACAGCAAAUGU